UUGCGAAAGUAUUACUAUGGUAAGAACGCGAAUGAUAUUGAAAAAUUGUCCUAGUUGUGAGUUACAGAUUGCAAUUGCUUCCAAGCGUUGCUCUUGUGGUUAUGUAUUUAACGGGGGACGUCAAGCCAAUGCAGCAUACGUUCCUCCGGCCUCCGUUGGUCGGCCUAAGUCAAGUAAAAAAGGAAAAUUAACUGCUGCCGAAUCGCGGAAAGCUGCAGCGGCUGCUGCACUGGCCGCAUCAUCUCAGGUUCAACGACGCCGAACUGGACGAGUUCGACGUGAGAAACCAAAUUACUACGAUUCACUUCAGUAUGAAAAGAAGAAAAAGAAAUCUAAGAAACCGACAAGAUCUUCUUUGUUCAAAGGUAAAGAAGGAAAACAAACGCAGUUAAUUACUGCAAAAGAAACUCAAGUCUCAAGAGCCAAUAGACAUGCUCAACGACGAGCGAAAAAGGAAGAAAUCGAUGGUGGUGGGGAUUUAGCAGCUAAACUUCCAUUGGAAAAGCAAGAAAUCGCACUUCUCAUUCUAUCAGAAAUAAACCGAAAAAUUGGUUCGGUGGUGUGGAAACAGCCAUGAAAAAAAUCGCGCUGCAUCGAAAUUUUAUGUAUCAUAGUUUAUUUUUUGAAUAAUUUUCUAUAUAAGGUGUAUUAGAUAAGCAUUA